AUGGCUCCUCCCAAACCCGCCCUGCGCAUCGACGGCGAAUCCACCCCGCUCAUCCAGGACCUCGAGGCCACCCAGGUCGCCUCCGGCCAAGCCCUGUUCGCCCACCACCCCGACUCGCCGUCGGACGUGCAAUCGCUGAAGAACUUCAUCUGCAGCUCCUAUGUGAACGUCCUUCUAGUCGCCGUCCCGCUCUCCUUUCUCUCCCACUUCCUCCACUGGGGCUCGAUGGCCGACUUCAUCAUCUCCUUCGUCGCCAUCAUCCCGCUGGCCGGCCUCCUGGGCGACGCCACCGAACAGGUAGCUCUCAAGGUCGGAUCCACGCUGGGCGGGCUGUUGAAUGCCACCUUUGGGAACGCAGUCGAAGCCAUCGUUGGAAUCGUAGCGCUCUCGCAGAACCAACUCCGGAUCGUACAGACCUCGAUGCUGGGCUCGAUCCUGUCCAACAUUCUUCUCGUCCUAGGCUGUUCGUUCAUAGCAGCGGGCUUCAAGUUCAAAGAGUCGCGCUUCCAAGCCACUGCUGCACAAGCCUCGGCCUCGCUGAUGCUGCUCGCCUGCAUUGCCCUCGUCAUCCCUGCGGCGUACUUCUCGAGCUUCCUCGACAAGAUCAACUCUGGUCGCGCACAACACCCUGGUGCUAUCCCUUCUGCCCAGGACCUUGCUAACGGCCUUGCUCUGGGACUCUCCUCGACCCACGAUCUGCCUGGGAAGGAGGUCGCCCAACAUGGCUUGCUGGUCAUCUCUCGCGGAACCUCAGUUCUGAUGUUGGCGAUGUAUAUCCUAUACCUGUACUUCCAACUGAGCACGCAUUCAUACCUAUAUGAGGACACCUCGUCAGAGACGGAGGAAGAGGAAGCGCGGAUGAAUUUCCGGACGGCGACGGGGGCCUUGGUCGGGGUGACGGUGGUGACGGCGUUCUGUGCGGAGUAUCUGGUGGACUCGAUCGACGAGUUUGCCCAGCAGGCCGGGAUCCCGAAAGCGUUCAUCGGCCUGAUCCUCCUGCCGAUCGUCGGUAACGCCGCCGAACACGUCACGGCUGUCUUUAUGGCCAUGAAGGGGAAGAUGGAACUCGCUAUCGGCGUCGCCGUCGGUAGCAGUAUCCAAAUCGCCGUCGGCGUGAUCCCCAUUAUGGUCAUUAUUGGUUGGGCGACAGGGAAAGAGUUGACCUUAUUUUUUGAGAACUUCGAGACGAUCUGUCUUGUCUUUUCGGUGCUCUUGACGACCCUGCUGAUCCAAGAUGGGAAAAGUAACUACAUGGAAGGGGCGAUGUUAGUGUCGCUCUAUGUGAUCAUCGGGCUCGCUUUUUGGGUCUCCUAA